AUGUUGGCUUCGACCCUGUCAUCCCAGGCCAACUCGGCUCUAAAAAAUCACAUGGCCGCUACACAAGACGCAUGGAAUCCCGCCGAGGACAUGGAGUGCGACCCCGACAUGAUCCAAGUCGCUGCUCCCAUCAUGACCUCAUCUCAGUCCUCGCACUCCAUCUCGCCAUCAAGUAGUACGGGCGACCUCGACUUCGAGCCCGAGCUCAGCCAGUCGUUGGGCUCCGUCUCGAGCUUUGACCUUCGCACACCGCUCAAGCCCAGCCUCGCGGCCAACCAGCUCUACGACCACAACGACUCGUUCAACCUCCUCGGUCUUCACAAACAAUCUGCACCGGCUGCAGUUCGUCCUGUCAAGAACCUGCUCGCCGAGGCUCUCGCAGCAAGAAAGACUCGACCCACCACCAACACCAGCAGCAGCACACCAUCCGACACCGCCGCUGCCAUCGACGCGUCCUCCGUAUCACCAUCACAGGUUCGCUUACCAUCUACCGAAAGUGUUUCGCCCAAGAGCAUGUCUCAGGUUGGACCUCACCGAUCGCCGUCCUCUCCACUCAACCGUCCCAACAAGCCCAAGCUCAGCCUGCCCUCAUUGGCACCCUCGGCUUUCUCUCGCCCCAAUCUCCCCCAGACUCCUGGCGGUUCUCUCUUCUUCGGCGCUCGUGAUGGUGCUGCCACGGGAACUCCCGUCAGCCCCUUCAUGCCUCCCACUCCGCUGGUCGCCUCCAUGAUGGAGGACGAGCAGAGCAAGCGUCUUGGCGAAGGCGAGCGAUCGAUGCGCGAAGAGGAAGCCGGCCGCCGCUCCUCCCUCUCGCCUCAGCUCUCCAGAGGCUCGCUCCCCUACCCCAUCGCCGGCACCCCUCGUCCGUCCAGACCUGUCCGUGCUCCUCUGCAGCGACACGGCUCUUUGGGCAUGUCUCCGCUCUCAAGGGAGUUUGCCAGCGUCAGCAUGCACGGCAAGUCCAAGAGCAACGAGGACCCUGCCUCCACUGGGUCUCCCGUCCCUCGUCGCGCGCAGGAGCUCUCGGCUGGCCGCACCACCCUCGGCUCGCCUUCGACGCUGCUCACACCUCCCUACUCUCCGCUCACCUUGGCCAAGAGUCUGCCCGAGGAGGCAUCGGUCAUCGCACAGCGAAGGUCCAGCUCCAGCAGCAGCAGCGUUUCGUCAUCAAGUAGCAAGAAGCUGCGCGCCAAAGAAUACCUCCUCGGCGGUGGCGCCGAUCUCUCGCGAUCCUUCAGCGCCAACCGCCUCAAGUCGAGUACGCGCAACAAGGCCGUGCCCAAGCCGUUCAAUCUCGACAAGGCUUUCCCCACGGCCCCCGCAGCCGAGACGCAGCGUCUUGAUGCCAACGCUGAUGCCCCGCUGCCACUGUCAGCACCGGCGAUGAAGAUCUCGUUUGCCGACGAAGAGACUGAGAUCGAGAUCGACCAGCGUCUGAGCCCGGAGCCCAUGGCGCACGAGCAGUCCACCUCGCAACCCGACAUGACCAUGGUCGAAGCGAUGCCCAAGCCCGACGCUAAGCUCUUAUCGCCAUGCGACGCGCUCAAGGCGCCCGCGAUGGAGAAAUCGUUCAGCGCGCCGGUCCCUCCUCAGACCGUCUCGGCGCGCCAUCUGGCGGAUUACGAGCUUCACCCGCGCUUCGCAUCCUCCUACACGCUCGGCGACGAGCUCGGCAGCGGAGGCUUCGGCUUUGUCGUCGCGGCAAAACGCAACAGCGACGGUUUCAACGUCGCCGUCAAGUUCAUCUUCAAGGACAAGGUGCCCGCCCACGGCUGGGUGCGGGAUCCCAAACUCGGCGUCAUCCCGAUGGAAGCGUUCGUGCUCAAAGUCGUCGACCACCCGGGUGUCGUCAAGUUCAUUGACCUGUUCGAUGAUCGCAACUUUUUCUACCUCGUGAUGGAGCUUCAUGGAACGCCGUGGCAGCCUCCUGUCCCGGAGCCGGUUGCACCUGCCAAAGGUCUCCGUCCAGCACCCAUGAUGCGCCGCACCAGCCGCGACCUAUUCGAGUGCAUCGAGCAGCACUCGCGCCUCACCGAAGAACAGGCUCGCUGGGUGUUCGCCCAAGUCGUCGAAACCGUCUGGCACCUCGACCGCAUCGGCAUCUCGCAUCGGGACAUCAAGGACGAAAACUGCGUCGUCGACGCCGACUUCAAUGUCAAGCUCAUCGAUUUUGGUUCUGCGGUCAUCACAGACGUUCGCAAGCCUCAACCGUACUUUAACAGGUUCUUUGGGACCAUGACUUUUGCGUCUCCGGAGAUUCUCCAGGGGAAGCCGUAUCGUGCGCCCCAUGCCGAGAUUUGGAGUCUGGGCGUGCUACUGUCGAUCCUGUUGUCUGGCCAAUGUCCCUUCCCCGACCCCGCCGCCGCAGUCAAGGGUCGGAUCAGCAAACCCAAAGGCCAGUGGUCCGAACAAGCCCUCAGCCUGCUCCUCCUCUGCCUCGAGGUCGACCCCGACAAGCGCGCCACCAUCGCCCAGAUCCGGGAUCACCCCUGGGUGUGCACAGCCUGGAAGGUCCGCGCUGCCAAACUCGCUCCCGCAUCGCUUUAA